GUAACUAUCAAAGAAGCGACUUGUUUCAAAGUAAGUUAUAAAAAUGCCGAAAGAUGACCCAGAGACCGCGGCGCUCAAAAAGGAAUUGAAUGAUAUAAUCGCCAAAGCGAAGGCGGAACAAGAAAAAGUUGCAGACGCUAAACUAGCGGAAAAAUGUGGCGAUAUGGCUGAUGUUCCUAAGAUUCGUCUUAUAACUAAGAAAACCUUGAAAGGGCAUAUUAAUAAAGUUAACUCUGUCCACUACAGCGGGGACUCUAGGCAUUGCGUGACAGGUUCUUUGGAUGGUAAGCUUAUCAUCUGGGACACUUGGAGCGGCAACAAAGUACAAGUGAUACCGCUACGCUCUGCCUGGGUGAUGAGUGUCGCAUUCGCUCCCUCUGGAAACUUUGUUGCAUGUGGCGGUAUGGACAACAUGUGCACGGUGUAUGAUGUUAACAACCGGGACGCCACGGGCUCAGCGAAGAUGGUGCGCGAGCUGGCUGGUUACGAAGGAUUUCUUAGCAGCUGUCGUUUCCUUGAUGACACACACAUACUCACAGGCUCCGGAGACAUGAAGAUAUGUGUCUGGGAUUUGGAAGUCGGCAAGAGAGAAGUCGAGUUCGACGCUCACGCAGGUGAUGUGGUGACCAUAUCCUUAGCACCAGACAUGAAGACCUAUGUUACUGGUUCCGUUGACAAGACUUGCAAGCUGUGGGAUGUGCGAGCGGAGAAAGAAAAACAAACUUUCUUCGGUCAUGAAGCUGAUGUGAACAGCGUAUGCUACCAUCCUAGUGGUCAAGCAUUUGCAACUGCGUCCGAAGAUAAGACAGCGCGACUGUUUGAUAUUCGCAGCGACCAGCAACUUGGUCACUACACGCCGCCGGGUGCCAGUGGCUUUACUAGUUGCGGGUUGUCGGUUAGCGGUCGCUAUCUACUCGCUGGCUCCGACGAUAACACUGUUCAUUCCUGGGAUACUCUGAAAGUCGCCCAUACAGGAACGUUAAAUGGACACGAAAACAGAGUGACGUCUAUUUCGUUGGCGCCGAGCGGCAUAGCGCUGGCGAGCUGCUCCUGGGACCAGGGUGUGAGGGUUUGGGGUUGAAUCUUGUUACCCGAAGAGGUUUACCAACACUUAAAAAAAAUGUUUAAACAUAUCUCAUUACCUUGUGAAAAAAAUAUAGCAAUAUCAUUAUUAUGUCAACUCAUUUAGGUGUAUUUGCAAUUAUUUCGAUCUGUGUAUUAGCUUAUCAUAUAAACAAUUAUAGCUAUUUUUAGUCUGUGAAUUAUAUCAAGCCUUUUUAAUUAGUAUAUAUAUAUAUAUGUAUAAAAGUAAUAUAUUUUAAUAAUUUGUAUGGUAUUUUAGAAUUGUGCGGCGAUUGGAACCCCACUAAAUUCAUAGACAUAAAAACACGCCAAUUAUAGAGUAGGUGGAUUUUGAUUUUAAAAAUAAAGGCUUUAUCAUAUAAACUCUAAAAUUUGUCCUAUAUUCGCUAACCACAAUUCCUGCUUUCAUAAUAGAUAUUAUAAAUAUUUUAUUAAGAAAUUAAAAAUGUAUUUAUUCGUUCUGUUAAGACUACUUUAUGUUAAUUUAAUAAUUAUAGGAUACCACGUUUUCACGUUUAUGUUUAUAGAAAUAAAUAAUUAUAAUAUAUUUU